UACAGAACAAAGAGAGAGAAAGAAGAGAGAGAGAGUGUAGAGAGAGAGAGUAGAGAGAGAAAGAGAGAAGAGGGAGAGAGGUGGAGGAGGAGCGAAAGCUGCUGAGCCCUUCGCUGGUCGCGUUGAAUUUCGCGAGCUCUGCUGCUGAGCUGAAUUGGGUUCGAAUCCGGCUCGGUGGUGGUCCUCCUCCGGCGACGGCGGCGGCGGCGGAGCAGCGAGAGCUGCUGCGGCGGUCUCCAGAUCGUCCCAGUUCCGAAUUUUGCUGAACGUCGCCUUCAGAUUCGUGGGAAUUCUCCGGGCUGAAUUCAUCCGGCGGCGAAGAAUUUUUAUUUUAUAUUUUUUUUCCGGGAGGCAGUUUUCUCGAGAGGUGGGCUCGAUCAGGGGGGAGAGGUCGCUUGGAACCCAAGCGACCCGGCCGAGCGAAUGCGCGCGCCCGAUUCGGGCUGAGAUCGGAGGCGGGAAACCAUUUCCCGAGCGAAUCUGCAUUGCUUUCGUGUCGCAGAUCUGCGACGGGCUCCCAGUAAUCUCCAGUCCAGCUUCACUUCGAGCUCGGGAAACUCUCUGUGGGAAGCUUUCCUGUUCGAGAGCGCCGCCGGUUCGCCGAAGUCUUUCAGCUCUCCGUUUCCAUAAUUCAGUCGAGCCCCGCGCCACCGCGUCGAUUCGUCGUCGUGUAGGUCGUGCAUGAUGGAGCUUCCUCAACCUCGUCCAUUCGGAACGGAAGCGAGGAAAGCAACGCACGACUUCCUGUCGCUGUGCAGCCAUUCGACCCUCCACCACCAAGAUCCAAGACAGCCUCCUUCUCAAGACAGCUUCCUGAAAACCCACGACUUCCUGGGGAAGACGGGCGCCAAGGAAGAGGCCACGAGCGAGAUAUCGUCAUCCCUCGAGAGGCCGCCGCCUCCGGCUCCUCCGGGGCCGCCGCCCUCGGUCCCACCGCCGCAGUCGGUGGAACACGUGCUUCCUGGAGGGAUCGGGACGUACAGCAUCAGCCACAUUUCGUAUUUUAAUAAUCAAAACCCGCCAAAACCUGAGGCGACCAUUUAUACGGUGGCUCAGGCAAGUAGCACUGACCGGACGGAUGAGAACUCCAACUGCAGUUCUUAUACUAACAGCGGGUUCACGCUUUGGGAGGAAUCUGCAGCGAAGAAGGGAAAGACAGGGAAGGAGAACGUGCCUUCUGCCUCUGUCCGAGAGGCGGAGGUGAAAUUGGGGCCGUGGCCGGCAUCCGAGCGGCCGUCACACUCAUCUUCCAAUAACAAUCACCGGAAUUCGUUCAGUUCACUCUCUUCCUCGCAGCCAUCAGGGGCCAAAAAUAAGAGCUUUAUGGAUAUGAUAAGAUCAGCAAAGAGUGGGAGCAAUCAGGAAGAUGAAUUGGAUGACGAUGAUGGAGAGUUUUUGCUCAAGAAAGAGACUUCCCCUAUUCCUAAAGGGGAGUUGAGGGUGAAAGUUGACGGAAAGAGUAGUGAUCAGAAGGCCAACACACCUCGGUCCAAGCAUUCUGCAACUGAGCAGCGGAGGCGGAGCAAAAUAAAUGACAGGUUUCAGACGUUGAGGUCUCUAAUCCCGAACAGCGACCAAAAGAGAGAUAAGGCAUCAUUUUUACUGGAGGUUAUCGAGUACAUACAGUAUCUACAGGAAAAGGUUACUAAUUAUGAAGGUUCAUUUCAAGGAUGGAGCCAAGAACCAGCAAAUAUGAUGCCACUGAGAAAUGGUCAGAGGCCGACGGAUAAUUAUGUUGAUCAAUCUCGAAACAUCACUAGCGGGUCCAGUCCUGCUUUGGUAUUUGCGGCAAAAGUUGAUGAGAACAAUAUUGCCAUGGCCCCAGCCGUAUUCAGGAAAGCCAAGAACCCACUUGAACCUGAGAUGGGAUCUGUUACCGCUUUCAAAUCUGUAGAGCAUCACCCUGGAAUGACAAAUAGAGCAGUUCCAUUUCCAAUGUCUCUGCAGCCCAACAUCUCGAACUGUGUCAGGGGUAGUGGUGCAGUGGCAAGAGGGGAUCCUAAUUUGGAAAACAACGCGUCCCAACCACUAACACAGAUUAGUAGAAUCAAAUCAUUGACUAACGAGUGCUCUGCUUCAACCGACAAACUGAAAGAAGAGGAGCUGACCAUUGAAGGCGGUACAAUAAGUAUCUCCAAUGUUUACUCUCAAGGGUUGUUGAAUAGAUUAACUCAAGCAUUGCAAAGUUCUGGGGUAGAUUUAUCCCAGGCCAGCAUCUCGGUACAAAUUGAUCUAGGGAAGCAAGCAAAUGGUAGAAAUGCCGCCUCUUCAUCUCUUCCUAAGGAUACUGAAGCUAGAAAUCAAGGAGUCACACGGCCUCGAGCUGCGGGCGAGAUUGCAGAUCCAGCCCUGAAGAAGCUAAAGGCGGGGAAAAGCUAGGUAGCAUAACAAUCAUCCUGAUAUUCUUUUUGUAAUACGAUUUAUUCAAUUUUUUUUUGGGUUAAACCUUCUUACAUAUAGGGUUCAUCCAAUCUUCUCCUGGCUAAUAAACUUAUCCAGUCGAGACCAUUGUACAUUGUCUUUAGUUUGUUUGAAUGCACAUAACUUUCAGGCAUGUAUUACUUGUGAUAUUUCUCUUUCUUAUUUUUUGUUUCGGGGGGUCGAACUUACUUGUAAUAUUUAAUCAUAAAUCAAUUCUCUUUGAUUUGGAGACCCUA